UACGUCAGCCUUUUCGCUUUUAGCUGUGCGCUGUAAAGCUACGUGGCUUCAGUCUUGGACUCACCGCUGUAGCUGUAACGUCAAUUCUCCUUUAAUUCACAAACACAGACCAAAGCAGACAUGGAUCAGAUCAUGCAGUUCGUCGAACCUGCACGGCAGUUCGUAAAGGACUCCAUCAGACUGGUCAAGAGAUGCACCAAGCCAGACAGAAAAGAGUUCCAGAAGAUCGCCAUGGCAACAGCGAUCGGAUUCGCCAUCAUGGGAUUCAUCGGCUUCUUCGUCAAGCUCAUCCACAUCCCCAUCAACAACAUCAUCGUUGGUGGUUGAAUCGUCUGAAAAUAUUGGGACGGAGGAAACGUUGGGCGCUGGAUUGGGACGGAGUUUGUAAAUCAGUUUUUCUUUCUGUUUUUUUUUUCUGUUGGGUAAAAUGUUUUGGCCGUGUUAAUAAAUCAAAAUAAAAGAA